AAAAUUUUACAUUAACAUCCAUGCACAUGUUUUGAAUUUAAGUGAACAGUGUAGGGUCAGUCACAUGAGGGAUCUCCGGUUAUAUAGACGAAUGUUACAUUAAUUUAUCUGUGUUGCUCCGGUUUAAUAAGUCUAGCAGUAAAAGUAAUAAUUAAAUAUCCUGUAAAUGAAAUUUUUCAUCAAAGUUUAUCUACAAUAAGAAUAAGCUGAAUUUUGAAGGUAUUGAAGGAAAUUCCUGUCGUAUCUUGUAUUUUUUUUAGAAAAAAAUUACGACUGCAAAAAAGAACAAAUCUACGGGGAAAAAUAUUGCAGUUUUUAUUCGUUGGUCAAUUCAGAAAUGACAAGAGGCGGAAAUAGUGCUGGGACAUCAAGGUACGAUGAUGACCUCGAGAAUACAUGGGGUUUUUUUUCAUGGUGCGAGUACAUAUUGACAGUGAUCGUUUCUUCUGUGCUUCUUAUUGGUGCCUCCGCAUUGACACUCUUUUGGGUCAUAUACUACCGUGAUGGAUUUGCAUGGUCAGAAAACCCGAAAAUUCAAUUCAAUCUUCAUCCUGUAUUUAUGGUCAUUGGUUUUAUUACUUUAUCGGGAUUUUCAAUUUUACUUUAUCGUUUGUGCCGAUGCUUGAAACAUAUUUAUGCAAAAUUAGCACAUUCCCUGUUUCAUACGUUAUCAAUACCCUGUAUUGCAAUCGGCUUUUUGGCCGUGUACGACUCCCACAAUUUGGAUAGCCCACCGAAACCAAAUUUUUAUUCCUUACAUUCAUGGCUCGGUAUGGUCACAAUGGGGUUGUUUGGGUUACAGUUUGUGAUUGGUUUCUUCACAUUCCUGGUGUGUUUAUGUUGCAAUAAAAUGACUUAUGGUUGCCGCGGUGCCUUAAUUCCAGUCCACGCCAGUUUGGGUUUAGCAACGUUUUUGUUGGCUAUUGCCAGCUGUUUAAGUGGAUUAACUCAAAAAGCAAUUUGGACGUUAGGUGAAAAUUAUUCGAAGUUUACAGAGGAGGGCGUUGUCAUCAAUUCUCUCGGAUGCGUGCUUAUUGCAUUGGCUAUACUUGUAUCUUUCGCAAUACGUCGUUCUUUUGCUCCAGCCACAGCAAAAGUUUAUGUCACAGAACGUAUCUAAAUUAAUUAAAUAUUCCCUUCAAAUUAAUCAGUUCAUAAUUCUAUAACUUCAUGUUAUUGUAAUAAAGUUUCUUCAAAAAAAUUGA